GGUGGGUCAAUUGGUGGAUUCAUCAACAAGUGAACUUUUGGAGCGAAUUGAGAGUUUCCUGGACUUUGAUUCACUUCGUGGAAGUCAAGCAGAGCAGCACUGGCACUCGAUCCUCGGGGCAGUCUUUCCAGAGCUUCAAGAGUUGAGUUUGAAGAAUAGGCUGGCAGCAUUGAUUCAGUGUGGCAAGAGGAACAUGGCCGCUUCCAAGUUCACUUUUGUGGAAUACUUCAGUGGCUGUGGCAACUUGACCAAAUCGUUUCUGGCACAAGAACAUUUGGGAGCAGCUUUCGAUUUCAAGUACACUUCGAACCAUGACUGUUUGACAGUUGAAGGAUUGCGACUCUGGUUUGCAGCUCUGCUGAGCUGUGGUCCAAAGAGCUUCAUUUGGUUUGCAAUUGAAUGCAGUUCGUGGGUACCACUAUGUUUGAGCCAGAGCUUGCGACACGAGUGCAAUGGGUACCUUGGCGACACUUCCAAAGUGUUCAUUCAAAAUGGAAAUGCACAAAUGGCGGUCAGCUCACUGUUGAUGUUUGUGGCAUGUCUUUUGGGGCACAUUGUGAGUCUCGAGCAACCGCUCGGUAGCAUGUUACCACUUUGUGAUCUCAUGGACACAGUCUUGAAAAUCAUUGGCGUGUCCAAGACGGUUUGCUACUUGGGCGCCUAUGGUGCAAAAUCCGUCAAGCCUGUGCAGCUUUGGUCAACGUCGUCUGGAUUGGCGGCCUUGGAAACGGGGAAACCUUCAUGUCCAGAAGAGCUUGCUGAGAGAGGCAAUGAUGGUCAAUACACAGGCAAGAAAGAUUUGCUGGCAGAAAGUGAGCAAUAUCCUAUUUUGUUUUGCUCACUCCUGGCAGAUUUGUUUGUCUGUGGACGCUUGUGA